AUACACAUGCACCGAAUUCAUAAUUGUUUUCCACUUUAGUCCUGAUACAACCUAGUUAGAUUACACAUCGCUGAGGAGAAUACACAUUUUCCACAAUUUGAUUACAUUGGAGAAUCACUAUCUGGAAAAAAAUACACCAUGACCAGAUGUCUUCACAAAAUUUUGAGAGCAACAUUUGUACUUCCGUUUACUGCGGGACUUGUUAAGGACCGGAGAAAUGGCAGUUAUACAGUACAUGAUGGCAGUAUAUCCGGGGUCGUUUUGUUAACAACUAUAGUUAUAAUUGUUGUUGUCACAAGUAUUGCUCUUCCACUUAAUGAUUCAAGAUAUUUAAUGAUCGGAUUGUUAUUUCUAGCUAUAUUCAGUUUAAUUUUCUGUCGUGUGUUGAUAUACUUUCGUAGCCAUUGGAAAUAUUCAAGGAAACCAAGAGUAACAGACAAGUUAAAAAUAAUAUUUCUUUGGGGUUUUUGCAUUGGGAAUAUUGUAUACCUAGCAACGAAAUUAGCAGUAAAUAUCCAGUGUGACCAAUACCCGUCGCUUGUUCUACCAAUCUUGUACUACAUUUUCAUUUGGGUAUUUGAUAUUAGCCAAACCGCAUUUAUUCAUUAUUUUUCCAGAUUUAGAUUCGCUAGUAUGACUUAUUUUUACUACAUACUUAUGUUUAUGUUUGUUGCUAAUAUAUCUGCGUGGACACAUCGAACUAUUGACAUGUAUAAUGAUGAUCAAAUGCUGAGUAUACUAGAACAAAAUCAAACAGAUGAUACAUGUAACAAUAAAACAACACUGUAUCAGACAUUUACCAUCCUUAAGCCGUUCUUAGAACCACUGUUGCUAGAAUACUGUUUACUGUGUAUGAUUUUUAUCUCCGAGAUGUGGCCUAGGCAUAUAACAGAAAUGGUAGAUCAGCAAGAUUUACAUUUAUAUGAUUCUGCAUCAUACCAGCAAAGUUGUGAAAAUCAGCCACUUCUUUGCAGCAGACCUUUAACAUUAUCAACACAACACCAUCCCACAAAUAAAAAAUCGAUGUGUUGCGUAGUUUUUGCUAUUCUGUAUACACUUUCGUAUAGUAUAAUACAAUGCGUGUUUCUUUAUGUAGAUAAACUUAAACCAUAUCAACUGGUAAACAGUGUUUACGCUUUUUUUGGAAAUCUAGUAGCGAUUUGUUUGAUAAUCAAAUGUUUUUACGAAUUGUCCGGUCAGUUGCAGCCAAAGAAAAAACCAAGAGCCACGAUGAAUAUGAAACAUUUUAUUAUAUUGACCACAUCUCUAUCCACGUGCGGCUUCUUCAUCGUUCAGUUAAUUGGUGCAAAAUACCGCAAUACCUGGGAAGAUGUGAAUUAUGUUAUACGAUUAGCUGCAACAAUACUACAAACAACAUUCAUAUUACAGAUGAAGCAAUAUCGGAAAUGCGGAAAUGUGAAUUCGCAUUUUACAAUACGUAAUGUGUUUUCGCUUGUGUGUAUCUUAAAUUUUGGGAUUUGGUUUUACUACACUUUUAUAUCUGCACAACACGAGUUUUUCCUCAGACAUAGACAUCAAAUGUUUGACAGACAAACAAGAUUAGGAGUUAAACAUUUUUGGUUUCCUUUUGUUAUUUUCUACCAUUUUGAAUGCUUUUUGACAUUCUUUCGUUUAUUUAAGGAAUGAUGUAUUAUUUAUAUAUCCUCCGAGGUUUUUAUCAUAUACUGUGGUUCUUGACCAUCAAAGUUCUGCAUUUCUAACAGCAGGUUUCAUUGAAAAUUGUUGACGAAUAUCUUUAUUUUAGUUUUUUUUAUUGUCCCAACUUUCUUUUUACAUCUGUAAUAAAGUUCUAGGCAUGUUGUCUUGAAAAUAAAUUAAAAUAAUAUCAAAGAAUAGCAAAAAAACUAAGGCCAAACAUACGGGACACUCGGUAAUGGGUAGCCAAGGUCACGAAACACCUAGUAGUAAUGGGUUUUGUAUGAAGAAGAACAGAAUAAUUAUAGCUGUUUGUUUUUCAUUUUUUGUUUUAAUAUAAACAAAACUGUUGGUCUUAUUUUGAAUUGAUUUAAAUUUUGUCACACCAGAUGAAUUCCUUAAGGUGACCUCUAUUCUUACAUCCACGUGUCUUGCGGAUAAGUCCAGUGUCUCAUUGGCAAUCGUACUACCUCCAUUUAUGUUUAUAAUUGUUAUUUUGAUAACAGAAUAUGCAAUCAAAUUAAAAUAUCGAUCUCUGAUUUCGAAAUCAGAGAUCAAUAUUUUAGUUAACUUGACAGAAUAUGUAUUUCGAAAGCUAAUUAUACUAAGAUCUACCCAGGAAAGUGUUGAAGAUAAGGAAACUUACGCCCUUUUUCUCAAGUGAUAUACUUAAAUCAUCUUUAACUGUUAUCUUAUUGGAACAAUGAUUUGAGAGAGAAAAUCCUACCACUGAUAUGCAUAUGACACAUUUUAAAUCGAGAAAAUACCUGCGGAUUUUCUUGAAUAUGAGGUGAACCUAUGAGGGUUCACUAUUCUUUUUUAUUAUGAAAUCUAUAUAACUGUUUUUGCGGUAUUGGGGGCAUAUCAUGCUGUUGUAUAUCUAAAAUAUUUCCCAUAUCAUAUUAUCUUGAUAUUUCUAACACAUCAAACAUGAUCACCA